CCUGAACGCCUAUCGUUCGUUUAACAAGGGAACAUUUCCCGUUAAAUUCGGAUCCCGGCUAAAUUCCCAAAAAGUCAUGGUAUUCGGUUUUCGAUCAAUCAUUUGUCAUUUUGAAAAAUGGCGCUCACCAUCAGUGAAAAGUGGAUCCGGGAACGUGUUCAUUUAGACCCUGAAAAUCUCGAUGAUGUACGAUCAUUGGCGCUACCGGGAACCUACCAUGAGAAGGUCACUCACCUCGGCACUUCACUGCAGAACUUCUGUCGUCUCAAGCAUCUGGACCUGUCCAGGAAUGCACUGCAGAGUCUGGAUGGCUUACAACACCUGACAAUGCUGGAGAAACUCAACAUCUACUACAACAACAUCUCCACUCUGAAGGACCUGUACCAGCUGGGUCAUAACACCUGCCUGCAGGAGGUUGAUCUACGCCUGAACCCAGUCACCAAGAACGAGCCGGACUAUCGACUGUUCAUGGUCCACAUGCUGCCCAACCUACGCAAGCUGGAUGAUCGCUCGGUGCGUGAAAGCGAGAGAAAAGCUGCCCUGAUGCACUUCAACUCUGACCAGGCCAAUGAACUGACUGAGCAUCUGCCAGUGAAGCGACAAACAGAGACAGACAGGGUGAUAAACCCCAGGGUAGAGAUGGUGGCAAAUAUGCCUAGGAAAACAACAGUUCUUGACGAUGAUGACUGUGACGUCUUGGACCUGAUUGCCCGAUCGGGCGGUGAUCUGGGCCGACCCAGGGACAUCACAGGCUCUAAGGCCAGGGCCUCCCAGGCUGCCACGCACUCCCACGCAGAACGUCUCAACAGAGAAUCAGCCGACCCGAGGCCUUCCAGUGUCGUGGACCUGCCCAGCACCAAGUACCCUCCCUCCCCCUCCCAAGCCCCGGCCCCACCAGCAGCCCAGAUUGACGGGCCUCGUAGACCCAAUGCCUGGGACGAGGACGAAGCGGCGAUCAGGAAUCGCAACCUGGAGGAGAGGAUGCUGGGAUUGGAGGUGUCUGGAGGUACUGACAUCACAGGUUCCCCGACCCACCCUGCAGGAAGCCACCCGCAAAGCAAGGAACGAGUCAGGGUACAGUUCAGCGAUAGCGAGAACGGGCAAGAUUCUAACAGGGACUCCAACGCGAGGUACGCUGAGGAGAGCCAGGCCUACACGGCUUACACGUCAAGAGGACACUUCACGCCACAUCCGGAUCACAGUGACCAACUGCGGGAACCAGAAGGAACAAGCAGCCAGCGCGACCAUGUCAACACGCAUCCUCUAGAGGGCGCCAUAGACACGCAGCCAACGCCUACAGAAGACAGCCACAUAGACCUCAAUCUGUUCUUAGAUAACUUCCUCUCGCUGGUAGACAGAUACUGGAAUGGCACCAAGUCACUCCACAGGCAUGGCAAAUUCCAAAGCCAAGCACAUACCCUUCUCUCCACACUAAUGAACAGGAUCAUAGCCAGCGUAUCGCAGCCGAGACCAGAAAUCCCCAAAGAAUCCUCCACAGAGACCAGCAAGCUGAGACAGGCCCUACGAGCUAGCCAGGAUCGAGUGGGGAAUCUGAAAGAUGAACUAGACGCAGCACUUGCUGACAAGAGGAACCUCCAGGCAAACCUGGAAGCAGCGCAGCGUGAAACACCAUCAGGUGACAGGUCAACUGAUAGGUCAGGUGUUAGGUCAGGUGACAGCAGUCAACAAACGGACAGAAGCGUUCGCUCAGCAGGUGUUUUGGAAAGGGAAAUUGAGAAGCUGCGCAUGGAGAAUGAGAGUUUGAGGCUUCACGUCAAACACUUCAACCAGCUACAGGAACUUGCCACUAUGCUGCAGGAAAGCCACAAGUCUCUGGUCACUACCAACGAUCAUCUCCUGCAGGAGUUAGACGAAACCAAACAGCGCCACCUAGAGGAAGUCAAGCAGCUGCAUUGGUCGUACAGUGAGCUGAAGCGCACCGUAGAGCUGGCACCCAACAUGCAGAGUGCUGGCAGGCACGCGGGUCUGGGCUACGCCACUGCCAAUGGUGUACUGUAACCAAUUUUGUUGUUUUCAAAACUACAAUUGUUUUUCCCUACGAAAGUAUUGGCUGCACAUCGCAAAUGCGCAUCGCAAAUGCGCGUCGCAAAUGCGCAUCGCAAAUGCGCAUCGCAAAUGAGCAUCGCAAAUGCGCAUCGCAAAUGCGCGUCGCAAAUGCGCAUCGCAAAUGCGCGUCGCAAAUGUGAAUUUGUGACAUCAUGGCAAAGGUUCAGGUGCAAAUUUGCAGUAAAGUCAUACAGCAUUUGCCUUUGUGUGAAUAUGAAUUGAUCUUUACUAGAGUAUUUUCCACUUAAUGUACUCGGUAUUGAUGCUGGUUAUGGACACUGGUUAUGGACGCCAUCCCAAAACAGGAGAUUGCACUUAGUGACUACUCCAUAGAGGAGACACCCCUGUUGCGCGCACUGGGAGUACAUUUUUUUGGUACUCAUACUCAUGAAAAUGUACUCGUACUCAUAUUCGUACUCAUACUUGUACUCAUACUUGU